AUGAAUCCAACACUGAGCACCAGAAGGGAACAGUAUGAGGAAGACUUUCCACUUCAUACACAUGUGCCCACAGAGAAUCCCAGCUUUGAUCUCAAAGAUGGAUUCAGUGACCGUUAUGUAAAAAGAGAUGAAAGUGUGGACGAGAAGCUGGAUCAUAUCCUGAAGUGGAUUAUUUCUAACAGGACUGAUUUCACUCUGGAUGUGGACUUUGUGACGCUGCGGGGGCAUCUGACCAAACUGCUCACUACUCCUUAUGAGGAUAAAGAAGGCUGGAUGUUCGCUGUGACCAAGUUUAGGGGAACAAUUUACAUCGACAAAGUAGAGACUGAGGCGGCUCGCAGGGAUCGUGACAAUCGCACUGAGAGACACAGUGAAAUGAUGUACUGGGGAUACAAGUUUGAGCAGUACAUGUGUGCAGAUAACAUUGAGAGUUUGCCUGACCCCAGUGGAGUGGUUAACACUAAUGAAGGAUAUUACACAGUGGUGAGAACUCAAAUCGCUGAACACAAACUCCUGUUCUCUGCUGAAGUGGACUGCCGCGUGAGAGAGCCCAAAGAUCCCCCGUCCUGCUACGUCGAGCUCAAAACAUCAGCUGAAAUCCGCACUCCCUUAAAACGCAGCGACAAGUUCAAGUUGUUAAAGUGGUGGGCGCAGUCAUUUAUGCCCGGUGUGCCUCAAGUUGUUGCAGGAUUUCGGGAUCGGGAUGGUAUUGUUGUUAAAGUGGAGACUUUCCAGACUGCUGAAAUGUCACAACUGGUUGAGGGUGAGAAUAACUGCUGGAAACCUACAGUCUGUAUGAACUUUUGCAAUGACUUUCUGACAUUUGUCAAAGAUGUGGUCUCGGAGGACGAUCCAAGUGUUGUCUACUUGUUCUCCUGGGAGCCGCGCAGAGAUGUUGGUUUCACUAUUCAUAGAGACUCGCAGUAUGGCUUCCUACCAGAGUGGUACAUAAAUGAGAUCACCAGGACAGACACAUAG